AUGUUUUUCACGCCCGAACUCCUUGCGAAGCGGGACAGUGGUUUCGGCCUACUUUGGCUAGCCGCUACGCUCGGCUCAAAAUCCGCCUUCAAAAGGCUUCCCAGGCGAUCCGUCAUAACAGCGGACAUAUCUGAAUUAUGCGACCUCAUCUCCCAGCCCGCCGAACCGCUGGCGCUCCGUCUUUCCAGUAACUUGAUGUUUGGAGUCGUGCGGACCCCCGGCGAUUUCGCACUAAUCGCCCCCGGGGUCGUUGCAGUGAAGCAAGAAAUUUUCCUUGCAGACGUGACGAAUUGUGCCACUUCCUUGAAGAAGGUCGUACAGGAGAUGAACUCGAAGGUGGAAGAUUCCCGCCUUCAGCUAGCCCAAAGCUCUGUUAGGCCAUCGACUAUUACCAUCAACCCAGAUUCCAGGGCGGCGCAUAUAGUCGAUUAUGAAGCUUUUGUCACGGACUGGGACGAGUUUUUGAACAUUGUCGAAGGCCCAGCUCCUAAAAGGGGCCAGGAUGCCGAAGAUGAUGACGACGACUACGACCCGAACAAAGUUAACAAGGGGCCUAAAGCCAAGGCGAAGCCUACGUCUACUCAGGCGGUUGAAGCAGUUCGCAAGGAGGCACAUACCCUCGAAGAACAUCACCAGCAUCUGCUGACCACGUCAUUUGAUGCCUCAUUCGUCGGAAAUCUUCCUGGUUUCGACUCUUCGUCCCAGCCUGCUGCUGUCAUUGAUUUCGAUGACCAGAAUAUCUUCGAUUUCUCCGAUGGGAUUGAUGUAGGUGAUGUGCUGGGAGGGCUCGGGGAUGACCUCGCUCGUGAGAUUGGAUGGGCAUCCCCAGAGAAACAAAUGUCGAGGUCUCCCGAGGCGCGACUUGAACGUGACAGAAUGGGUGCAUUUGAGGAACCCUUCAAUUUUGAUAUUGACAUGGCAACUACACCUCAGUUCGAGGACGGUAAUGACUGCGGUCCCCUUCAGUCUAUUGCCCUUGACCGAGGCGUCUCUUUACCAAGGACGCCCGGAAGAAAGACAAAGAUAAACGAUAACAAAGAGAAUCAAUAUCCAGGCUCUAUCCAGCGCGAACAGUCGCUGACCCGGGAUGCAUCUCCGGCCACGCCUUUCGCCAGUCAAUUUCUAGCACGGGAUACAAACAUGGACGGGCCAUUGCAGGACGUCACGAUUGAGGACACAAACCAGAGUGGGCCAAAGAACCGGAAAAAGAGGACCCGGCUGCUACUUGACGCUAGAACGGAACUCACGGACGAAGAAUUGAAGGUUGCAAGGGCAAAAUACCUCGAACAUCAGAAGAACUUGCGGCGAGAGGUCCUUGUCAAACGGGCGGAAAAGGAAGGAAACAGAUUAAUCGACCAAUAUAUUUACGCUGCACCAAAAGGCAUUCAGGACGAAGGGUUAAUCGAGUUUUGGCGAUCCACAGUCAAGGUCCAAGUUGAUGCGAGAGCUGGACUGUUGAGCAUUCAUGACGAGGAAGAGAGACCGGUCUCCAAACGACGGAAGACGGCAACUCCAGCUGUGCAAGACGGCCCCGCAGCCUUUGUAGACCAUGAGUACGAUGUCGAUUUCAACUUCAUGGGAGAUCCUGCCCAAGGUGAAGACCCGGGUGCAUUGCGGAGGUCUUCCGAGGAACCCGGCCAAGGUCGCUACGUUAGCCGUCCCAGUUCCGCCUUUGGAGGAAGCAAUAUCGGGCUUGAGAUUGGACCACUAAACGGGUCGAACGGUUCCCAAAGGAGCUCUUUAUUUCCUUGGGACCACGCUGGCGCAAACAGUUCUUCCAGUGGCAACGUCCCUUUCCGAGACAACGACGUGGUGAUCGACCCGGUUGAGACCAGGGUAAGAGGAAGUUCCCAAUCACGAAGGAGUUCGGUGCCAGGAAGUCAGCAAGGAAGGCCUGGCACGCCCCAGGGACAGGGUUUCUCUCCUGUCCCUGUCCGACUGGGUUCUCCGAAGCAACAGGAGCCCGAUUACGAGUUCGACGUGCCUGAUGUCCUGCCAGAAGAGACACAGGACGAUACCCAGAAAACGGAGGACAACGCAAUUGUGUUGGAAAAGAAUUCCUUAAAUUUCCUCGAGUAUGCGAGGAUGCAGUCGCGUACCUUGCCCGGCGAUUCCGACGGGAAGCUGAGUUUCGAUACCGUCGUUCCGCCCGAUACGAGCACCCGGCAUGUUGCAGCUGCGGCGUUCCAUCAUUGCUUGGCAACUAAGAACCUCGUUCGGCUCCAGCAGGACGAACCGUUCGCCACCGUCUUCAUGACUAUCAUCUAG